CUAUUCUCCUGCACAACAGAGAACACCCCCCCAACCCAAUAAGUGAAACCUAUUAACUAAAGUGCAGAGACCAAAGACUCAAAUUCUGAAUUGGGUUUUGAAGGUUAGGUCGAGUGUAGCUUGUCGCAGUUAUAUCCGCAAGAAAUUCUAUUGUUAUGCUUACAAGGAGGGUUUUUCCACCAAAAAUUUAGGGGACCCUCGUUGGCUACGUCUUGAAAAAGUAGAGAUCUUGGGUAGCCAUUGGUAACUAGUUUGGUUAUCUAGUCACAGAUAAACAGAGACAAGGGGAUUUAGCGAAUGCAAAACUGGGCAGCAGUGUGGUUUCCACCCACGAGGGCCACAUGGGUACUUCGCACUCUUACCCAAAGGAGCAGCAACCACCUCAUCCGCUGCACCUCCAUUGCUUUCACCGGUCUAGAUCGACGGGAGUACUUUUGCUUUUGAGAUGUCCAAAGGGAUGAGAGGAUUUAUUGAUUUCAUUGGAAGGACAAAGGACAGAAGUUAGGGAAAAGGUUGGGUAGAGGAGUGAAUGGAGGAAAAGCGGUGAUUGAUUGAUUAACGGGUCCAUGAAAAACCAGAUUCAUCGUUGUUGUUUCUGUAAUUUUGUCAAGUAGUUUGUUUUUCCGGUUUCCACAAGGGUUGAAAGGUGAUAUCGGUGGGGUGGAUGAGAUACAACAAAUGUACGAUGACUGAAAAUUCAAGAAAGCUCUUCAAAUUUUCAUGAAUUAGGUUUUAUUUUGAAAAUUUAAAAAAUUUUGAAGGAUAAAUUAGACAUUUCGUUCUUUUCUAUUAGUGCUUAAUGACGAUGUAAAUUAGAGUUAGUGAGUUAGUGAAUUAAAUAGUUUAAGAAAUUUGCCCUUGAUAAUUUUACCCACUGGCCACUACAUAAUACAUAGCAUACUCCCACACACCCAGGUGAUGCGGCUUCAGAUUUUGAGUUUGAAGUGCUGUUGGCCGCAUGGCUGUCGUCCUUAGCCCGUCUCCCCCGCUCUCCGUCUCAGAGGACGGCAUCCUCACCGUCCAGAACAAUUCUACUUCGAUAGCAAAGGAUUACCCUGCAAUUAGGUCACUUAUAAGAAAUUGCAGGAACGUGAGGGAACUGAAGCAGUUACAUGCCCAGGUUACAAAGAUGGGCCUUGUUCAAUCCCCUUCAUCCAUAUCCAAUCUCAUUGCAGCUUGCGCCGAAAUGGCUACUUCCCAAAGCUUGGAUUACGCGAGGAAAGCCUUCGAACUCUUCGUCAAAGACGAGGCGGCCGCCAAUUACUUGUUCAUGUGGAACUGUCUCAUCAGAGGUUACUCUUCAGCUGCAAUUGGCGAUGAAGCCAUCUCGCUUUAUCUUCGAAUGGUGACUCAAGGACUGGCACCUGAUCACUUCACCUUCCCUUUCCUCCUGAGCGCUUGCACAAAAGUUGCGGCAUUUCAGGAAGGAUUUCAGGCCCAUGCAUCAUUAAUCAAAAUGGGUUUGGAGCAUGAUAUCUUUAUUCAGAACUCUCUGAUUCACUUCUAUUCUGAAUGUGGGGAGAUUGAUUCUGCACGACGAGUUUUCGAUGGAAUGUCCCAGAAAAAUGUUGUCUCAUGGACAAGUCUCAUUUGCGGUUAUGCUCGGCGGRACAAUCCCAGAGAGGCCGUUUCUUUGUUCUUUGACAUGGUAGAGGCCGGGGUCACACCCAAUUCAGUUACCAUGGUGUGCGUAGUUUCUGCAUGCGCAAAGCUGAGGGAUCUCGGUCUAGGUGAGGCAGUUUGCGCUUGUAUUGGCAAGUCCGGCGUCAGGCUUAAUUCGAUUUUGGUGAACGCUCUUGUAGAUAUGUACAUGAAAUGUGGAGCAACAGAAACUGCAAAGCAGCUGUUCGACGAAUGUGAUGACAGAAAUGUGGUUCUCUACAACACAAUUAUGUCAAAUUACGUGCACCAGGGGAUGGCUAGAGAAGCGCUUGCUAUCUUGGAUGAGAUGCUGCGGUUGGGUCCACGACCAGAUAAGGUUACAAUGCUAACUGCGGUUUCGGCGUCUGCGCAAUUAAAUGAUCUUGGCUCAGGGAAGGUGAGCCAUGGUUAUGUUUUAAGGAAUGGGUUGGAAGAAUGGGAUGCUGUGAGUAAUGCCAUCAUCGAUAUGUACAUGAAGUGUGGCAAGCCAGAGACUGCAUGCAGAGUUUUUGAUCACAUGUCGAACAAGACUGUUGUCUCGUGGAACUCCGUCAUUGCAGGUUUUAUUACGAAUGGUGAUGUGGAAUCAGCGUGGUCAGUUUUCAAUGCGAUGCYAGAGAGCGAUCUGGUGUCUUGGAACACCAUGAUUAGUGCGUUGGUACAACAGAGUAGGUUUGAGGAAGCAAUUGAGCUUUUCCGGGUGAUGCAGAGUGAGGCCGUGGAGGCAGACAGGGUGACAAUGGUGGGUAUGGCUUCUGCCUGCGGCUACUUAGGAGCUCUCGGUUUUGCGAAGUGGGUUCAUGCUUAUAUAGAAAGGAACAGAAUUCGGUGUGAUAUGCGGCUUAGCACUGCCCUUAUUGACAUGUAUGCAAGGUGUGGAGACUCCCAAAGUUCAUUGCAGGUGUUUGAAAAAAUGAGGGAAAAAGAUGUUUCUGCCUGGACUGCUGCUAUCGGAGCAAUGGCUAUGGAGGGGAAUGGUGAACGGGCAAUAGAGAUCUUUGAUGAGAUGCUCAGGCAAGGAUUGAAGCCAGAUGGUGUAGCAUUUGUGGCAGUACUGACUGCAUGCAGUCACAGUGGGUUAGUGGAGCAAGGACGGUGCCUGUUCAGGUCUAUGAAGAACAGUUACGGCAUUUUGCCACAAGUUGUCCAUUAUGGAUGCAUGGUAGAUUUACUUGGCCGUGCUGGGUUGUUGGAAGAAGCGCAUGAUCUGAUCAAGAGCAUGCCAAUGAAACCUAACGAUGUGGUUUGGGGGGCACUGCUAUCAGCUUGCCGGAUCCACAACAAUGUCGAGCUAGCAGCUUAUGCAGCUGAGAAGGUAAUCGAAUUGGCUCCUGAGAGAACUGGGAUCCAUGUGCUACUUUCAAACAUAUAUGCCUCUGCCAGGAGAUGGAAUGAUGUGGCGAGAGUAAGGCUGCGUUUAAAGGAAAGGGGGGUCCAGAAGCUACCUGGGUCCAGCUCCAUUGAGGUGGGAGGGAUGAUUCAUGAGUUUACCUCUGGUGAUGAAUCGCACCCACAAAUGCCUGGUAUAGUCAAAAUGCUCCAUGAAAUAAGUUGCAGACUCAAGGAUGAAGGCCAUGUGCCUGAUCUAGCUAAUGUUUUGCUUGAUGUUGAUGAGCAAGAGAAAGAACAUCUCCUCAGUCGACAUAGCGAGAAACUGUCCAUUGCCUUUGCGCUCAUUAGCACCAGCCAGGGGGUGCCAAUUCGUGUAGUUAAGAACCUCCGUAUUUGUACUGAUUGCCACUCUUUUGCAAAGUUGGUUUCAGAAGUAUACAGUCGAAAGAUCAUAGUUCGAGAUAAUAAUAGGUUCCACCUUUUCCAUCAGGGACUGUGUUCUUGUGGGGAUUAUUGGUAAGAAAGAGGAGAUGACUUGGGUUGUAAAUUAUGUACUUCAAAAUUUAAAUAAAUCAUUCAAGACUUGUAAGCAGUAGACACCCAACCAAUGCUGCAAUGCAUAUAUCAUAACCUUUGGAUCAAAACUCUCAACUUUCCAUUCUACAAGCGACACAGAAUUCUCCUUUUAGCAGCAAGGUUUAGGAAUAGAAAUCCUAACACAUUUUGUACGAUAUUUUGAGAGAGAGUUUUAACUAAUGUACAUCAAGAAUCAAA